GUUCCUCGGAGCUCAGUCUCGGCGGAGGCUCCCGGCUGCUCUCGACGCCUGUCGGUCCCAAAAACUCGAAACUUCUCGACUGUAACUUAAAGAAAACGAACCGAAACUUUUGGAAGCGCGGAAUUUUCACUGGAAAUUACCUCUGUUGGACAUUAAAUGUUUUUAUUUGUGUUUAAUGUGUAGUUAAAAGCGAGAAUUCCGACAUGCAGCCACAAAGUCUUCCUUAAAGUGUUUCAGGCUGGAUAAAGAUUAAAUUCACUUUCAACAUGGAGAGCUGCAGUUCCUGAAAGACCAGACGAGAUGGGAAAAUGGGAAAUAACCAUGAACCCAGUGCAGGAGUGGGGCGAGGAGACGGAGGAUGGGGUCGUGUACGGGGUCACCCUGCACCGGGAGCCCGUCUCCACCUCCCCAAACCCAGAGGAGACGGGUCCGUGCUCCGCCUUCAUCCAGUACCGGACUUGUAAGGUGCGGCGCCUGAAAGCCGCCACGCUGGAGAGGCUGGUCAACCACCUCCUGGACGGCAGCUGCCAGGAGCCCGACGUUGGCAAGAUCUUCCUGUCCACCUACAGAACCUUCACCAGCACCACGAAGCUCAUAGAGAUGCUCUUCCAGAGAGACAGCGCUUGCUCAGAUCUUGAGGAUGCUGAUUACAGCAAAAGCCCGCUGUUGACCUUAAUCCAGACAUGGCUGGACGACUACAGCGAGGACUUCAGGGACCCGCCGCUGCACCCCGCUCUCCGGCUGCUCCUUGACCACCUCAGGAUCAGCUCUGCGGUGCAUGACGGCAUGCGGCGCCAACCCAACUUCUGCUCGCUGGCCGGACAAGCCGACGAGCUGCUCAAGAGCUUUCAGAAACAGGAAGAGGAGUCGACUGGUGGCUCUGCUGCUGCUGAGGAAGGCUCUGCUGAUGAAGACUCUGGAUGUGAAAGUCCUCCAGACCCGGGCGGCAUCAUGGAUUUCAGCACUUUAUCCAUCGCUGAGCAGCUCACGCGGAUGGACUCGGCUCUUUUCGUCAAAGUGGUUCUCUACCAGUGUUUGGGUUGCGUUUGGUCGCAGAGGGACAAGAAGGAGAACAUGUCUCCGACCAUCCGAGCCACCAUCACGCAGUUCAACGCCGUCACCAACCAGGUUAUGGCGUCCUUGCUCUGCCCGCCCGUGGACCCCGCCCGCGGGGCUUCCACCUCCCCGGCGCAGAGAGCGCGCGUCAUAGAGAAGUGGAUCAAGGUGGCACAGGAUUGCCGUCGGCUGAAGAACUUCUCCUCCCUCAAAGCCAUCCUGUCUGCGCUGCAGUCCAACGCCGUUUACAGGCUGAGGAAGACCUGGGCCGCGGUCAGCAGAGACAGCAUGGCGGCCUUCGAUAAUCUCUGCGACACCUUCCCGGAUGAGAACUGCGUCCUGACCAACAGAGAGCUGUUAACGGCGGAGGAAGGAACUCAGGGGUCCGUGGAGAACGCCUCUCCAAAGAUUUCCAAGAAGUGUCCACUCCCCAGACAGAUGAGCACCUCUGGAGGCGUGGUUCCUUACCUGGGCACGUACCUGUCCGUGCUCACCAUGCUGGAUACAGCGCUGCCCGACAUGCUGGAGGAUGGACUCAUAAACUUCGAGAAGAGGAGGAGGGAGUUUGACGUCCUGUCUCAGAUCCGCGUGAUGCAGGCCUGCUGCUCCCAGUACAACCUCCCCUCUCACCCCAGAAUUGCUGCCUGGCUGCAGGGCAACAAGCUUCUGAGCGACCAGGAGAGCCAUGAACUCUCCCGGCAGCUGGAGCCUCCGGUGGACUUGUGCUCGCCGGCGUCGUGGAGCCAGCGCUCGCUCACCAAGAAGCUCUCCUCGCUGCUGUCGCCGAGCGACGGCUCUAAAAAAGUCCCCGCCGAUCAAAUCAGCGUCUCGUCCUCGGGCUCCAGCGGAUCUGAGAUGGAGGAUUUCUCCUCUCCGAGCUGCUCCAUCAGGCUGCAGUCCUUCCACAGCUCCUGCAACAACGUCUCCGAGACCUUUUCUUCGUCCUCCUGCUCCUCCGCCACCUCCGCCCUGGAUUCCCCCACGCCGUCCCGCGCCUCCUCCGACAGCAGCACCGACCUCUCCUCCACCGCCUCCCCCGCGCCCAAGCCCCACCCCCACCUGUCCUCCUACCACAAGCGCUCCGUGUCCAUGACCGCCCUGCCGGUGUACAACCAGCAGGGGGCCGACUCCUGCAUCAUCAGGGUGAGCGUGGACCUGGGCCAGGACAACGGCAACAUGUACAAGAGCAUCCUGCUGACCAGUCAGGACAAAACGGCUCAGGUGAUUCAGCGAGCUCUGGAGAAGCAUCACCUGGAGCACAUGGAGGGACAGAACUUCAGCCUGACGCAGGUCAUUUCUCAGCAGAAAGAGUUGGUCAUUCCAGACAAGGCCAACGUCUUCUACGCCAUGUCCACCACUGCCAACUUUGACUUUGUUCUGCGGCAGCAGCGCAAGGGUCAGAAGAAGGUUUUGCGGGCGUCGGCCAGCCUGAGCCGGCUGGUGAAGUGACCCCCCCCGAACACCUGGACCCGUGAGCUCGCCGGGCUUUCUGGGAGGACCUGUGUCCCAUUAGAGAACGUGCUUUUGUGGAGCCGUUUUUGGAUUGCAAAAGAGAUGCAAAUGGAGGGUUACCAUGGCGACUGGCAAAAUGUUGCCGUAGCACUUUACGGGAAAGAGAACUCUGCAUGAGGAGAAACGCUGGAGCUACAGAAGAGGAGAAGAGGAGGCGUGAGAAACGUCUGCCUGACUAACCAGGUGAAGUGUCAUUAAUACGCCGUUUUCAAAGGGAUCAGGCGGCAGCUCGGGUGUCGGCGCCCUCUGACAGGACGUUCUGAAAGAUCACCGUGCACCUGCGGCGCUUCACAGGUCGGGAUUCUGACCUAACAGGACUCACGCACACAACAACUGUAAAUAAAUAAAAGCUAUUUGUGUUUUUUCAGUGUUAGUUUGACCUCCAGAUGUUGUAUAGUUUUGUAUUUAUUGUCACUUUCCUGUCAUUCGGCUUAUUUGCACUUUUUAACACCUCCUAACGUCACAUGAUUGUGUUUUUCUCACCAUGAUUUUUAAAAACAAAAAAAGAAGUGAAGAAUGGUUGAGUUUCAGCUAUUCUGGAAUUGUUGUAUUUUUUGAAAAAGGUUAAAAAUGUCUUAAUUUAUGAUGAAAAUCUCACAUUAAAUCUUUGAUUUGUGAUGUGCAUCAGUUCGGAUGCCUCCUUGCUGGUUUUCCCUGGAGAUGAAGCUUCAGGGAGCGUUUCCAGAGAGGAAGGAGGAUGAAAUGAUUUAGUCAGAGCUGUAUCUCCUCUGAAGAGGCUUCAGACCCGACCGCGUCUCACGGUUCGUCUUCAGGAGUUGACUGCAAAUGAAGGAAAACGAUUUCCUCACACGUGAAAGCUGCUAUCUGUUUUAACCUUAAAAUGCUUCAAUUGUCACAUAUGUCAAAAUGAAGGAACAAACAAACAGUUUUUAACCUGAAAUUGGAUGUGCAUUACCAUUCUGUAUUAAUAAAAAUGUUUCCCUCCCCAUUUGAACCGUUUCUGUGCUUGCUUUUCAAAAUAAAAUACAAAGAUUCCAGAAGAUUACAGGAUGUCUGUGCAUACGACAGUCUUCAUACUUUCACAUGGUGACAGUUACAGGUAAAAAAAAUAAGUAAAGAACAUGAACACAAACAAAAAAAAA